CAACUGAUGUUGGUUCCCGGACCUUCGGAAGGUGGCAUCAGGGGGAGAGUGCCAUGAUCUGGCGAGUUUUGAUACACUAUCUCAUCUCGGAACUACUAGAUGUGUUGUUUGGCCACACGUGGCGAGUAUGGUGCCAAUCUGAAUCAAGGAUCCUUGUGCUUUUCGACCAGCAAGACGGAGAGAGCUUUCGAUCCUUCACGCUACUCACUCAGUGAGUCGACCCCUUAAGAGCUACUACGCCGUUUCUUAUUGGAACUACCCGCAAGGGACAGCCCGUGAGUCUCCCAUCAUAGG